AUGGAUCAAUCUAAGGCUACAAGAUUUCAACAACAAUAUCGAGAGAAAAGUUUCACAAAGUAUUGUGAUUUGAUUGCUCAUCUUCUUGUGGCUGAACAAAACAAUGAUUUGCUGAUGAAAAAUCACGAAAAUCAGCCUACUGGCGCUACAUUAUUCCCCGAAGUGAAUGAGGUGUACGCCCAUUACUCUAGGCGUGGAAAAGGUUGUGGCCUCAGUCGUGGUCAUGGUCGUGCUCAUGAUAAUGGUCAUGGUCAGGGAAGAAAUUCUUCUCUUGGUGUUAAUCAUUCAUCAAAGAAGAAUCACUACCAGGGAGGAAAAAAGAAGGAUGAUAGGCAUAAAGUGCCAGAAGCACGUGGAGCAGAAAAUAAAUGCUAUCGAUGUAGUGGGAGUGGACACUAG